AAGUGUGUUCGUUGCCAAAUUGAGCAGUAUUCUAAAGACUUGAUUAAAGAAAUCUACAGCCCCUUUGUUCCGAACAUCAUCGACGCUGUAUAUGCCGUAGCACACGCACUAGAUAUUUUUAAUCGAAAUUUUAGUUAUGACGGGACCAAAGAUCGGGCAAAUCUGCAGAUAGCCAGUAGUUUUAACGUGCAGAAGCUUCUUGGCAGAGUCAGUUUUGACGGUCUAACUGGAAAAAUUACAUUCGAUCGAUUUGGUGACAAGGGUUCGGCGGUUCAGCUACAAAAAAGUAUUCAAUGGAGAUGUCGAGAGCAUGAAAAUGGUGCUGAUAGGAGAAUGGAAAAAUUCAAAGAGGAACAAAACUCGCUUGAUUUUUCAUGAAGCCCUGAAUUGGACGAGUACAUCUGGUCGCCCCCCAAAAUCUGAAUGUUCGGAGCAGUGUCCUCCUGGAAAAAGGAAAUCUUUUACCUCUCCUGGUUGUUGGCAGUGCCUUCCAUGUCUUGGUGGAACCAUCAGCCCAUCCGCUGGUUCUGAAAGCUGUAGUGAAUGCCCUAUCGGAACAAUGUCCAACCAGGCUAAAACAGACUGUGUCAUUUAA